CCUUGGCCGCGCGGGCCUGCGCCGUACGGCGAGGAAGGCCCCCGUUGUUGUGAGGGAAGCCGGGCGCUGGGCUCCGCAGCCGGUGGCGAUGCCGCUGUACGAGGGCCUGGGGAGCGGCGGGGAGAAGACGGCGGUGGUGAUGGACCUGGGGGAAUCCUUCACCAAAUGUGGUUUUGCAGGAGAAACAGGACCAAGAUGCAUUAUUCCUAGUGAAAUAAAGAAACCUGACAUUCCUAAGCCUAUCAAAGUCGUUCAGUAUAAUAUUAACACAGAAGAGCUGUAUUCAUAUCUGAAGGAAUUUAUUCACAUGCUGUAUUUCAGACAUCUACUGGUGAAUCCCAGAGACCGCCGUGUUGUAAUAGUGGAAUCUGUACUAUGCCCCUCACAUUUCCGAGAGACACUCACUAGAGUUCUUUUCAAGUAUUUUGAGGUUCCUUCCGUGUUGUUUGCCCCAAGUCACCUGAUGUCUCUUUUGACACUUGGAAUUAAUUCUGCCAUGGUUUUAGACUGUGGCUAUGCAGAAAGUCUGGUGCUGCCUAUAUAUGAGGGGAUCCCAAUUUUGAGUUGCUGGGGUGCUCUUCCCCUAGGAGGAAAGGCAAUUCACAAAGAGUUGGCGAAUCAGUUGUUGGAGCAAUGCGCUGUUGACACAGGAGUAGCUAAAGGACAAAGACUCCCAUCAGUUAUGGGUUCAGUUCCAGAAGACAUUGUAGAGGAUAUAAAAGUCCGCACUUGUUUUGUGAGUGAUCUCCAACGUGGGCUGAAAAUCCAGGCAGCAAAGUUCAACGUGGAUGGCAGUGCCGAGCGUCCUUCACCACCUCCAGAUGUAGACUAUCCUCUAGAUGGAGAGAAGAUUCUGCAUGUGGUUGGAUCCAUCAGAGAUUCGGUUGUUGAAAUACUGUUUGAGCAAGAUAAUGAAGAGAAAUCAGUUGCCACUUUAAUCCUGGAUGCACUUAUUCAGUGCCCCAUAGACACCAGGAAGCAGCUGGCUGAAAACUUAGUAGUUAUUGGCGGCACUGCUAUGUUGCCAGGAUUCCUACACAGAUUAAUGGCUGAAAUUAGGUAUCUGGUCGAUAAACCAAAAUACAAAGAAGUUCUUGCCACUAAGACCUUCAGGAUUCACACUCCACCUGCCAAACCCAAUUGUGUGGCUUGGCUGGGAGGAGCCAUUUUUGGAGCUCUUCAGGACAUUCUUGGAAGCCGUUCAGUUUCCAAGGAAUAUUACAGUCAGACAGGUCGUAUACCUGACUGGUGCUGUCUCAAUAACCCUCCUUUGGAAAUGAUGUUUGAUGUUGGCAAAGCACCACCGCCACUCAUGAAGAGGGCUUUUUCCACCGAGAAAUAAGUAUCUCAAUACAUUGCAGCUACACAAGGAUUGUCUUCACCUGCUUCAAGCACACCUGUACAAGUUGCUUCUUGUGUAUUUAGUGAAUCAGGUGUAGUGCUGUUUAAAAUGAAUGAUAUAGGUGUCGUUUGGGGGCAUCUUGUUGGCUGGAACUAUAUUGCAGUUGGAUACAAUUCUACAUUUAGAUUAAACCCCUCUCUCCCAAAACACCAGUUUUGACAAAUGUGAUUAUGUGCUUUUUUUUUUCUUUUUGUGGAAAUAAUGUAAUUGGCACAAGUUGUUACUUACUGAGUUGUUUGCGCUUUCUAUUGAUGUACAGUAGAUACAAAAUUAAGAGGCUUAGUUUUAGAUGUUUUUGUUUUGUUUUUUGUUUUAACCUCUUAGAAGAAUAAAGAAGGUUCCUUGUGAAACCUUGUGGGGAAGUUUCUCUGCCACACUCACCAUAAAACAUUGCACAUAUUAAUAUAACCUGUUGGUUCAUACAUUAAAAUGUCUCCUGGAAACGCAAGUGUUUUGUUGUGUGUCCAUAGAGGUUGUUAUAGAGACCGAGAUUCCUGUAUUCAGAAGCUGAACAGGGACUUGCUCCAGGAUGAAGUUGUCAAAGUGUCAAUUUACCUUGCCUGCUAACAACUUUUACCCCCCAAAAUCUGACCACUUAGGAAUUAUACAUGGAAAAACUUAAAAUAAUUAGUAUGUGCUUGUUAUUAGCAUUAACUUUCUUUGGAAUGGAGAUGGAAAUUAGCAGCAAAGCAAGAUAGGUAUUAAAAAAAAAUAAUUCGAAAGCAAUAAAUAUGAAAUAAAAAUACAAAAUUGAACUAUAAGGUAAAUGAGGUACAAAAAUUGAUACACAAACCAAAAGUAAUAAAAUACUUCCAAUUCCUAUCAGAGAAUCAAAUGAAAAUGUUUUUAGUACUGUUGAUGCAAAUACUGUUAGCAACUGCAGAGUAUAGAAUUCCACCCUCCACUUUAAUUAUUUCAAAGGUCGGUUGAGUCAACAAUUCACCCUUUUAAAAAAAGAAUAAUCGAUAUUUGGAUGCACACAGCAUGCUAUUAUCACAUUAAUUAAUAGGAUUUUAUAAAUUUGUUACUGCAUACUGCAAGAUUCUCUUACUCAGGAAAGUAUCUGUAAAGUUUGAGAGUCUCGUGCACACACGUUUUUGUCAAUUCUUAUUAUUUCCACCAGUAUUUAUAAUAUUGUUUUCUGUAGUAUUUUGUGCACUCAUGGUAUAUUGCCUUCUAUUUGAGAAUUAUGAACACAAAGUGCACUUUAGUGACAAAGAUUUGACUUACUUUUGACAUUCCUCACUUAAAAUUAAGGAUCAGACUGCCAUUAAUUUAUACCAAUAUGCCUGCCUCAUAGCUAUCUCCUGCUAAAUGGUGAUUUUCACCUACACUGUACUAACUACUGAAAUACAUGGAUUCUUGUGCUUUUAAAUCCUUAAUAUGAAUGUGUAGAUCACUGUUUAGAUUUUUGUUUUAAGAAUCUUUCAUUACCACUAAUAGGAUUUUCAUGGUUGAUUCCUCCCUUGGCCCUUGCAGACUAUUGAUCAGUUUCUGGAGGUUACUAAAAUGUAGUUUUAGAAAUAAAAUGUGCUUAUAUAGAAACAAAAA